AUGAAACUCACAUUUGCCAUCGUUUGUCCAUUGGCACUUGCAGCAUCGACUCCGUUACCAGAGCCUUCUUCAAUUGCCACCCAUCCAUCAACCGUCAACAUCCGUCUCAUUGGCGCCGCAAACCACUAUUCGCCCGGCAACGCACAAGCACCUACAACAUCCAGAGGACACAUGAUUCGAGCCCCAAUAGGUACAGCCAUUGACAUGGCGGAAUCGGUGAUCGAAGUAGAAAUCGUCAGCAUCGACGCCGGGGUCAGUUUGAGCCAACAGGCCGUCACACGAGACGAUAGCCAUGUUGUAUGCACAGCUUGGAUGAAGCCUGCAGGUGAAAGCCACGAGUUUGCAACAGGAGAUCGCCAGGUGCGUCUCCACGGGGGAACACCAGGGCUGCUUGCGCGAUUGCUGUGCGAGAAGAGGGAAUCAUGA